AUGGCACACAAAAGUCCUCGGUACUGUUUAUAUCGAGAAUUUGUCGAUUCGUAUAUGAAAGGUCAUCCCGAUAUGACACGAUGUACUUCACAUCAUAGUGCACAAACCGAAUGGAAUCAAAUAAAAAAGAAUGAAGAGCUAGUUCGCAAGAAAAUCACCGAAUAUCUUGAUAUUUGGAAUAAAGCCGGUGCGCAACCAGUUGAACAAAAGAAAACGGUAGCAACAAAUGGAAAAAAAGUUCCAACUAAAAGAUCGACUCGUAAACGAGCACUUUCAUCCGAAGAUGACGAUCCAAAUUAUGAUCCAAAUGUAGUCGAAUCUGUAGAACCGACAUUUUCAAAACGAAAAAAUACUCAAGUGCCUGAAGAAAUGGACGAAGAAACAAUAGCUAAAGAAAAACCAUGGAUAGCACGUUCAAAUGCAAAGGCAGCUAAGAAAAAAGCUCAAGCCCAAGCUAAGGCAGUUCAAAUUGACAAUGAAAAAAUUAAAACUCCAGCACAAGAAUCUGUCUUAAAAGAUCUUAAGGAAAUUUCUGAGCGUAUUGCUAAUUUAAUACAAGUUAAAAGUAUGGGGCUGUUAACACCGGAAAAUCAAAAAACACUGAAAAAAUUAAUUGAACAAAAAAAACAACGUACAACUGAUCUUAAACGUUUACAAUCGAAACAACGUGCAUCAACACGGUAUCGUGAAAGAAAGAAACGUCGCGUUGAACAAUUAUGUGCGCAAAAUCCUGAAGUCGCUGCUGAACUUUCGAAAAUUUUUCGACCAUCAUCAAUGAGAAUGCAAAUUGAAGAAGAUUGUCCAGAUCUUUUACAAAUCAUUGCUGAAAUUGCGCGUGUCGGUGGUGCAACCGAUAAUAAAGGCAAAGCCUGUGCAUCGUUAGAUGAUCUUAAAGAUAAAAUAAAAGAACGAGGUUAUGAAAUUCGAAAAUCAUCACUUUACUAUCGUCUUAUGCCUAAUCGUGCAUUAUCACAUGAUGGAAAAAAACAUGUUAUAACUGUACCUGUUCGUCUUCGAAAAUUACAAACUCUUCAAGAAAUACCGAAGCAUGAAGAUUCUCAUUUUACUGGUGCUUCAUUAAGACAUGUGAAAGAUUUAGCUGGUAUCUUUGGUCAAGAUUGUGUCUUCUAUUUAACGCAAGAUACUAAAGCCAAGAUUAGUAUUGGUCGACCUUCAGCUAAAGUUCUAGCACCACUUAUUAUGCAUUUGAAUUAUCAACAAAGUUCUACUGAACCACAAACAGCUGUACCUACUAAAAAACAUCAAUAUGCACCAUGUGUUUAUGCUGCCUCGAUCAUUGAUGAUACUGGUCUAAUUGGUUAUGCUGGUCCAACCUAUAUUUCCAUUCGAUCGGCUAAACAUGAUCGAUUAACACAUGAAACGCAUUCAAUAGAUUUCGACCGUUUAGUUCAAUUGAAAGAAUUUGAAAAAUUUGCACGUGAUCAUCUUGGUCGUGUUAAACCCAUCGUUGUUAUUGGUAUUGAUAGUAGUGGUGCAGAAAACAAUACACGCUAUCCUAAAACAUUGGCAGCAGCUAUUGAUAAAUUUAAAAAAUAUAAUUUAGAUGCACUUUUUAUUGUAUCGCAAGCGCCAGGUCAAGCUUUAUUUAAUGUUGUUGAACGACGUUUGGCGCCAUUAUCACACGACCUGGCCGGUCUUAUUCUUCCGCAUGAUCAUUUUGCUACGCAUUUAAAUGAUGCCGGUUCAACUGAGCAUGCAGAAUUAGAAAAACAAAAUUUCAAAGCAACUGGUGAGGUUUUGGCUGAAGUUUGGAGUAUCAAUGUCAUUGAUGAACAUCCAGUUGUUGCGGAAUAUAUUAAUCCACCGCCUAUGAUUGACGAACAACUUAAAAUGGUUGAUACUACAUUAGCUUUGGAUAGUGUCAUUGAUCGAAUUUGUUCUGAAGAACAAGAAGAAGCACCACUUGAACAACGUAUUAAUCAAUCGCAACCGGGCACAACAGUGCCCAUGACAGAAAUCAAGACCGAGUGUGAUAUUGACGAAUAUUGGUGUGCAACCCAUGUUCUUCAAACUCAAUAUACAAUUCAAAUAAUUCGUUGUAAUAAUCCAACAUGUUGCACACCAUGGCGUUCAAAUUAUAUUCAAGUAUUUCCUCAUCGUUUCAAUCCACCACCAGUCCCGUUCAAUCGUUCGUCACGUGGUGUUAAAAUGGCCGAAAUCGAAUCAUCAUCGGCAGCCGUAGAUCCAGUAUCGCCAUUUUAUGGAAAUCUUUUUCAACGUAUACAAUUUCAUGGUAUUGUUAUUAAUCGUACACAUAAUGAUCUCUUACCAUUUGACGCAUGUUGUCCAUCGUUGCAAACAAAAUUACCUUCACGUGUGUGUUCAAUUUGUAAACAAUAUAUUCCAUCGGCCAUACGUUUACGCAAUCAUUAUAAAAUUCAUGAACAACAAUAUGCAUCGAACUUCUUAGAUUACAAUAAUAAUAAAGAAGAAGAAUUUACCGCCGAUAAUGAUUUACAUGAUCCCUAUGAAAUGUCAAUGCUACAAAUGAAACCAACACAAAAAGGCGUUUGUAUGUUUACGGAUAUGAUUGAAUGGUUGAAAUCAGAUUUUGAAGACGAUCCGGUUGUUGAUACUAAAGCUAAAUCAACAGCAGCAACAGCAUCAGCUAUGAUUCGAAAAGACAAGCAAAUGGCUGCUUCUCAAGCUACCACAACCACAACAACUAUUGAACAAGAAAAAACAACAUCAAUAGCAACUAAUAAUCGUCAUCAAACAAUAAUAAAUAAAAGUUUUCGAAAAGAACAAGUUACAACCAUAACCGAUGAUACGCAAUCAACAACAACCGAAAGUCAAUGCAUAGUUGAUGUUCAAACUGAAAAUGGUAGCGUUUUAGAUGCCAUGGAAAAAUUAGCUGUGCUUGAUGAUGGUGUCAGUUCAAUCGGAAAUGGACAAAGUCAACAAAGUUGGGAUGAUCUUGAUGAUCUUAUUGAAAAAAUAUAA